AGUCCAUUUCAAAAGCCAGAGCUUGGGAUUGCAUUGCUUUGCAGUAAAUUGGCAGUGAAGAAGGGGCACAUUUAGCUCUGCUAUGAUAAACACUGCUCAAAGAUGCAGUACUACGCCAGUUUCACCGUCCGUUUCGAAACGCGUGUCGACCACCCAGUGCGUCUUCCCCAACCCAGUACUGGAGCAAACUCGAGGCCCUCUCCUUCCUGAGACAAAUUUGCAGAAGCCACGGACUCCCCUUUACCUCUCGUUGGCCUCUUGGAGACGCUGGGAGCUCCAUGGGAAGGAUCUGAUGAAGCUCGGUGGAGAAAAUGGAGGGAUUCGCGUCUCUUGCCGACGAGUGCCUUUGAAGAUCCAACCUUUGUGGGGUUUCUCGCCUUCGGAUGUCGCUCCGAUUCCCGCAGCAGCAGCAGCAGCUGCAGUUCCCGCCUCCGCCGCCGCCGCUGUACCCGAUUCCGUACGGAUCCCACGGUGGCGGUUCUGUCGGGCCGGUGAUCGCCGUCCUGGCAGUAAUCGCCGUGCUAGGGGCGAUCGCUGGAAUCCUCGGCUGGCUCUGCUCCGGCAGGACCGUGAUGGGCUACGGACACUACGACCCCGAGGGGUGGUUCGAGCGGAAGUGCGCCUCCUGCAUUGACGGGAGGCUGGAGGCGCCUUCCUCCAGACCGAGCGCUAAUGGAACCCAGGCAGCGCCUCCGCCACCGCCCGAUGCACCCUAGCAACCGAAACAGCCCGAGCAGCGGCCGGAUGAUCCAAUGGAGUCGGUGGAGUUGUGAUCUGUGUGACAUCUUAGUGCAGCUCUCCAAAAAGCACCAACUUUUUUCUAUUUUUUAUUUGUUCACCUGUUGGCUUCUUUUCUGUACUACAUGGUGGAAUAUGCAAAUUGGAAAAGAUUUGAGUCUGAUAUUUAUUUUGAAAA